UAUGGCGGAAAAAAUAACACAUUUAACUUUUGAUGCAUUAAAAAGCAUUGUUGAAAACAAAGAUGGUACAACACAAUAUUAUGUUUAAAUUUUAAAUGUAGAAGCUAAAAGUGAUAUAAUUUUAAAAUCUGGGAGUAUGUCAUAAUGUACUUGUAGUGAUGGAUUUGCAAAAAUGAAAAUGCAAAUACUUAAUCUAAGUCCAUCAACUUUAGCUAGUAUCUCAAAAUAUAAACCCAUUAUUAAAAUACAAGGAUUAAUGAUGAAAUCAUCAUUUUAUAUAAUUACAAAACAUGAAGUCAUUUAUUUAGAUAAGGGUCCUGUUGGAUAACCUUACGAAUAUGAUGAAUAUAAGUAAAUGGUAUUAAUUUAAUUUUUAUUCAUAGAAUUACACUAAUCCUAAUGGAAAUACAGAAAUUUAAUUUGCCAAAGCUCCUCAUACUUUGAGUUUAAAUUCUAAUAAAAAAUAAUCAAUUUUACUAUAAUAAUCAAAAUAAACUAAUGAAAAUAUUAAUUCUGAUUAAUAAUAAGGUAAAUCAGCAAUUAAACUAUCAAUUUAAUAAAAGUAACAAUAAUCUAAACCAGCUAUCUAAAAAAUUGAGCAUCAAAAUUAAUAUCCAACUUCUGAUUAAAAUUUAUUAAAAAUAUCAGAACUUUAUCCUGGAAUGAGAGGAUUCAAAAUUAAAGGAAGAAUUACAACAAAAACUGAUAUUACAUAAUUUAAAAGUGGUAAAGGAAAUUUAUUUUCAAUUGAAAUUAUAGAUUCAGAAAAAUCAACAAUUUAAGGAGUAUUCUUUAAUGCUUAAUGUGAUAGGUUUUAUAAAGAAAUAGAAAUAGGAAAAGUUUAUUAUUUUGAAAAUGGUUAAGUAAAAACAAAUAGAUAUUCAAGUAAAAAUCAAAAUUAGAGUGAAUAUUAGAUACAUUUUGAAGAAGCUUCCAAAAUAUCUUAGGCUUUAGAAGAUUAAUAAAUAGAUGCUUUUCCAUUUAAUAUUACAACAAUUGGAGAUAUUGAUAAUUUAUAAUUAGAUGAUAAAUGUGAUGUACUUGGUGUUAUUACAGAAGUUAAACCACUAACAUAAAUUACAACUAAAUCAGGUGAAAAUAAGGCUAAAAAAAAUAUUACCAUAUUUGAUCAAACUUAAAGAGGAAUUGAUAUAGUACUUUGGGGAACAUAGGCUGAGAAAUGGUAAUUUUAAAAAGAUGAAAUUGUAGCAUUUAGAGGAUUAAAGGUGACUGAUUAUUAAGCGAUUAGAAGUUUAACAGUCACAAAUUCAACUACUUAUGAAAAAGAUAUAUCUAAAUUAUAGAAAAUUAAUAAAUUCUUAGAAUUUUCUCAAUUUUAUAACGAAAAUAAAGAUUUUAUAGAAUCAAAACCAAAAGAAUCAAAAAAGAAAUUUGCCUUAUCAUAUAUAGAAUAAAUUAAAAAGGAUUUUGAAGGAUAAAGAAAUAAUAAACUUACUAAAUUUUAUGAAAUAAAAGCCUAUAUAACAACAAUAUUUUCUAAAUCUAUGUUUUAUACAGCAUGUGAAAAUUGUAAAAGAAAAGUUACUGAAGUACCUUAAACUAAGUUAUAUCAUUGCUAAAAUUGCAAUCAAAAUUAUCCUAUACCUAGUUACAAAUACUUUUUUAGUGCUAAAAUAGCUGAUACAACUGGAAAUCUAACUGUUAAUGUGUCUAAUGAUUAAGGAUAAUCUAUUUUAAGUAUUUAAUUGAUAUAUUUUAGAGCUUGCUUGUGAGGAUUUUGUAAAAUAAAACUAAAGAGAAGAUAUAAUUAAAAGAGCUACUUUUUAAUAAUUUAGAUUCUUAAUUAUUGCCAAGAUGGAAACAUACAAUGAUGAAAUUAAACCUAGAUUCUAGGUUUAAUCUAUUAUAUAGGAUGAUGUAGUUAGUGAUAACGAAGAACUUUAUAAUUAGAUAUAAUAAAUGUUAAACAUAAAAACUGAAUGAU